AUGCGCUUACCUACGCCCACGGGCGGCCCCUGGUCGGAAGCGUCCCGGUUGCGCACGCGCGGUGUACACCGGUCGCCAUGGAGACCCGUGGCCCUAGCCAGGCGUUCUGCGCCAGAAGCAGCCGGGAGGGUCUUGGGCUGCACGGGGCGCAAGUGGCGGCCCCGUGGGCGGAUGAACGGCUGUGGUGAGGCCCGGGCGUCGGGGUGCGGCGAAGAGGGCGACGGCGACGACGAGGAGGAGCGACGGGGCGGCCCUGCAUGCUCUCCGAGGUCCAAACUGCCCCCCAUCUCGGGCAGCGCCUCCGAACUGACCAAACGGAAGGUGAAGAAGAAAAAGAAGAAGACCAAGGGGUCGGGCAAGGGGGACGAUAAACACCAGAGUCGAGGCCUAAAGAAUCAGCCGACUUCAUCCUUUCAUGGCAUACUAAGUCCCAGCAAAGAUCACAGCCCAAGGCAGAAGCGCAGACAGGACAGAGAUGAAAACAAGGUCAUCCCUUUGUGCUCCUCCACUGUAAGUCUCCUCCACCUUGCUGAAAUAGAAGAGAACCUUCCGAAGCAGAUCAGCGAAAGCCUGCGUUGGGAUGGCAUUCUCUCAGACCCCGGGGCAGAAAAGGAAAGGAUUCGCAUAUAUAAAGUGAACCGGAGGAAGCGGUACCAGCUUUUGGCCCUCAAGACAUUCCGCUCUGACUUGCGUGCAGAGGAGACCCCCGAGACCUUGCCCUACGCCUCAGAUGAGGACAGCAGCCCUGACAACGGGCAGCCCUCAUUAACAGCCAGCAGCCUGCCUCGCCACUUCGAGGGAAACUUUACCCCAAAGCUUCUACACGCUGAUUUAGCCACUACUAUGCCCAAGUGAAAAUCCACCCAUGACAUUGACAAGCUUAUCAUUUAUCUUUACCCCAAGUUUAUGUGUUAAAAAAUAAUAAACGGAAAUCAGACCUAUGUCUGAAGGAAGCCGAUGUCUGGU